ACACUAUUAAAUCUCAAGUUCUGUGGGUAAAGAGAUCAAGACUGAUAAAGCAGACAGAGAAAACGCAAUAACCUAAUAACAAACUAUCCGUGUAAUACGCAGAAUUUGUCAGUUUUCUUAUAAAAAAAAGAAUAAUUCACGAUCAUGUCGUGCACCACUGAUUUCAUUAGAUGGAUACUUUCUGUCUUCAAUUUUAUUUUUACGCUAUGUGGUUUAGGAAUCAUUAUUCCUGCUAUAUACUUUUAUCAAUAUAUCCAAGAAUCACCUAAAAUGUUACAAUCAGAAGCAUCAGCUCUCUUAAUUGGCAUUAUAAUCGUCGGGGUCGUUGUGUUUGUGAUAUCUUUCUUUGGAUGCUGUGGUGCCAUCAAAGGCAACUCCUGUAUGACCCUAACUUUUGCUGGAUUUCUUCUUUCUCUCUUAUUAACUCAACUUAUCCUGGCAAUUGCUGCUUUUGUAAUAACUAAUGGAUUUGAAAAGGAAACCUUUGAUGAAAUUUAUGAAAAAGAAUUUGAACAAUAUUGGACAUCAAAUAUUAGCCAUGGAAUAAUAGAUGGAGUUCAAAUUGCAUUCUUUUGCUGUGGUAUCAAACGUCCAGAUGACUAUACAACUUAUUUUGGUACAAAUGCCACUUAUCCAAUAUCUUGUUGUGAUUUAAGAAGUGAGUUCAACAAUACAAGUUGUGAGAAAGGCUGGACUUUUCCAGUAGGAUGCUCGGAAUUACUUUUUAGAUUCUUUAAACGUGGAGGAGAGACACUUGGUUAUAUUGUUCUUGGAAUUGCUGGUGUUGAAAUCAUUGGUAUAAUUCUUGCUCUUUGUAUGGUAAACUCUAUACGUAAUGUUCAUCGCCGAACUUUUAAAGCUUGAAUUCAUCGAAUUAUCAAUUUUUUCUAAAUAUCUUACGUAAAUAUUUUAAGUAAAGUAAAUUAAAAUUUGACUUUUAUUAUAAUUAUAAUCAAUACGUUGUUUCUGUUUUACGAAAUGAACAUUUUCUUGAAGCGCACAAUUUUGAUACGUUACAAUAUUUGUGAAUCUUGGUACUUUGCAUUUACAAAACUGUAAAUUGAACACUAUUUUCAGUGAUCAUAUAAAUGAUUUUAAUUUAGUACGAUGAAAUAUACUUUUUCAAUUUUCGACAAAAUAUCUUCCAAGUUAUGAAUGAUUACAAACUAAUUUAUAU